AGUUUCCUGGAGGUGAAAGUUUAGGCCGGGCCUGAACCAAGUUGAUUGUGAUGAUUUGCAGGAGUGGAAGCUGCCUUCUAAUUUAGGAGAUAAACAUCUGCCCUGAUUUAAAGGUGGGAAGGGCCCGGAGGAUGGGAGCCUAUCCAAUGGUUCAUUUGGGAAAAGACCGAUUUUGAGGAUUUAAAGAUGUUUGUCAUUCAGGUCCCUCCGCACAAAUCAUUAGCAACUGUUGCGUCUAAGGAAUUCUGAUGAAACACUGUAUUUGACCAGAGUUUAUACCUCAAGAAAUUUUGAGGGAAGAGAAGUUUAGGAUGUACACUUGAAAUGUGAAAGCCGGACAGUUUCCAGGUGUUUCAAGCAUUGUGAACAGAGGCGUAUUUGGACUAUGUGUUUCUCAAGCUGGACUGAGUCAAUGUGAACAAUGGAUAAGUGCAGACACAUCGGGCAGCUGCGGCUUUCUCAGGACCAUUCCACCCUCAAUCCUCAGAAGUGGCAUUGUGUGGACUGCAAUACUACUGAGUCAAUCUGGGCUUGCCUCAGCUGUCCCCACGUGGCUUGUGGAAGAUACAUCGAAGAGCAUGCACUCAGGCACUUUGAGGAAAGCAGUCAUCCUGUUGCACUGGAGGUGAAUGAGAUGAAUGUUUUUUGCUAUCUUUGUGAUGAUUAUGUUCUUAACGAUAAUGCAGCUGGAGACCUGAAGUUACUACGAAGUACAUUAAGUGCAAUCAAAAGCCAAAACCACCACUGCACCACUCGUAGUAGAAGGAUUUUACGGCCCACGGGUCCAAGUGAUGACUCUCUGUUCUCACGCGAUGGUGCUCCGUCUCCGCUUCAGAAUGAUCUAAUGUACACUGCUCUUUGCCACAGGAGGAGGAGGCUGAUGGGCAAAAUCUUUCGAAUUUGGUUUGAGCAAUCACCCACUAGAAGAAGAAAGCAAGAAGAACAAUUGCAGGAAAAAAUAGUGCCAAAAAGAGAAGUGAAGAAAAGACGGCAAGAAUUAGAGCAUCAGGUUAAAGUAGAAUUGGAAAGUGUGCCUCCGAGAAAGAGUUUACGUUUGCAAGGUGUCGCUCAGUCCACCACGGUAGAAAUAGUUCCUGUUCAAGGACCACCACAGAAUCCAUCAUCACCAGCAAAACAUAAAGUGCUACCUACCUCGGAAGAUGGAACAUUUAAAAAAGUCAGAGACUCCUCAGUUAACAGAAGGCCAGAAGUAACUCCUGGUGUAACAGGAUUGAGAAAUUUGGGGAACACUUGCUAUAUGAAUUCUGUUCUUCAAGUGUUGAGUCACUUACUUAUUUUUCGACAAUGUUUUUUAAAGCUUGAUCUGAACCAAUGGCUGGCUGUGACUACCAGCGAUAAGACCAGAUCUUAUAAGCAUCCCGCCGUAACAGAUACAGUAGCACAUCAAAUGAAUGAAUGCCAGGAAAAGGAUAUAGGCUAUGUUCGCUCCAGACAUCCAAGUUUAUCAUCAGGAUUAAGUGGCGGAGCAUCAAAAAGUCGAAAGAUGGAACUUAUUCAAGCUAGGGAGCCAAGUUCACAAUACAUUUCUCUUUGUCAUGAAUUACAUACUUUGUUCCAAGUCAUGUGGUCUGGAAAGUGGGCCUUGGUCUCACCGUUCGCUAUGUUACACUCAGUGUGGAGACUCAUUCCUGCUUUUCGUGGUUAUGCCCAACAGGAUGCUCAGGAAUUUCUUUGUGAACUUUUAGAUAAAAUACAACAUGAACUGGAGACAACUGGCACCAGCUUACCAGCUCUUAUCCCCACAUCCCAAAGAAAACUUAUCAAGCAAGUUCUGAAUGUUGUGAAUAACAUAUUUCAUGGACAACUUCUUAGUCAGGUUACAUGUCUUGCAUGUGACAACAAAUCAAAUACCAUAGAACCUUUCUGGGACUUGUCACUGGAAUUUCCAGAAAGAUACCAGUGCAAUGGAAAGGAUAAUGCUUCCCAGCCAUGUCUAGUUACUGAAAUGUUGGCCAAAUUUACAGAAACCGAAGUAUUAGAAGGAAAAGUCUACGUAUGUGACCAGUGUAACUCAAAGCGUAGAAGGUUUUCCCCAAAACCAGUUGUACUCACAGAGGCCCAGAAGCAGCUGAUGAUCUGCCACCUGCCUCAGGUGCUCAGGCUGCAUCUCAAGCGGUUCAGGUGGUCAGGACGUAAUAACCGAGAGAAGAUUGGUGUUCAUGUUGGCUUUGAGGAAAUCUUAAACAUGGAGCCCUAUUGCUGCAGGGAGACCUUGAAAUCCCUCAGACCAGAAUGCUUUAUCUAUGAUUUAUCUGCUGUAGUGAUGCACCAUGGGAAAGGAUUUGGCUCAGGACACUACACUGCCUACUGCUAUAAUUCUGAAGGAGGAUUCUGGGUACACUGCAAUGAUUCCAAGCUAAGCAUGUGCACUAUGGAUGAAGUAUGCAAGGCCCAAGCUUAUAUCUUGUUUUAUACCCAGCGAGUUACUGAGAAUGGAAAUUCUAAACUUUUGGCUCCAGAGCUCCUGUCUAGUAGCCAGCAUUCCUAUGAAGAUGCUGAUACCUCUUCUAAUGAAAUCUUUAGCUGAUCCAGACAGUGGGGCUUUCUUCCUGGGAUUUGUAUAUACUUUGAAGGGUUGACUUAUGAGCUUCCUUGCUUUUUUUCUUAUGAAUCAGCGUACACUACAUUUUACACAUUUUGUAUCGAACCAAAAAAAAAAUCUUAAAAAAUAUAUGUAUCAACUGUGGGUAAUUAUUUUCAAGUAUUUUGGAAUUUUAAACUUUUUAAUGUUUACCUCGGACUAGUUUUACCUCAUAUCUUGAUGUCUUAAUUGGCUCAGAUCAUGAAUUUGUGCAAUCUUUAAGAAAUUCAGGUGGCAUCAUUUAUCUUUUGUAGCUAUUUUCUAUACAAAUUCUCAUAUCUUAAUAAAUGGAAAAUUAAACACUUUCUUCAAGGCUUAACCAAAAAUGGAGGAGGGUGGAUUUUAGGCCAUUUGUCCCUUGAGGGGAGUUACGUAUUCAAAGUGAAAUAUGAAGGUACCAUCUAAGACUCAUCAAUCAUACUGCUUGAUAUCCUGAGGUUUUAUUGGAGACACAGGGCUCGAGAUAGACAUUACUUUGCUUAAUGGAACUUUUGUUAUUUUAAUAAUUGUUUGACAGUCAAAAUGUAAAUAAAAAUGGCAAUUUUACAGAUAGUAUAUUUAAAUGAACUUUGGAACCAUGGACACAAAAAAUGAUGGCUGGGACUUAUGAUGAUUUGGCAGCAAAUAGGUUCUUUAAAAUAAAGCAGUUUCUAACAAAAAAGUUGUAUUGAGCAAACCAGUAUAUUAUGUUUUGCAGGUAUACUUUAUCUUGGGUAUGAUUUCAUUUUACACCUUUGGUAACAUUAGCUCUUAAAAAGCUUUGUGUAGCUAGAGAUUUUUAGUUCAAAGACUAAAUCUUGAAAAAAUUGCAUAGGGCAGGUAACUGUUUAAAACUGGCAACUGGGCUAUUUGUCUAGCAUCUCAUCUUUCUAAAUAACUGAAAUCUGGACUUUUCUACUGGCUAGAAUUAUGUGAUGAGGAGCCUCUGAGAUAAACACCGGGCCCAGGAAUUUAAAGCACCAAAAUCAUCUAAAUUCGUUUUUAUCAGAAAUGUACUGAGAUAUUUUUGUUCUUUAAUCUUCCUAGACCUCCUUGAGGUCCUGUUACAAGUUAGGGGAGAAUCCACUAACCUGUACAGCUGAGUGACAGCAGCUUGAGCUCAGUCACUGAAGAUCGUUUAUCCUCGUGCUUAUUUGCAGAUCCGUAAGUAUCAACUUGAAAGGGACAUCUACUAGCUAGUUUUUCUUUAAUUUCAGGAAACAGGUCAUACAGGGCAGAUGACAGUGAAAUACAAUGAGGAUUUAUCAUUGAAUAGACAAAUUAUUUGUGCCAAAAAUAACCAUUAAAUGGCUAAAUUUAGAACUGUUCGCUUACCAAGCUCCUUUCUAAGUUGUUACCUCGAUUGUUACACACUUACACCUCAUUAAAGAUUUAUGUGGUCAA